CAACGAACCACGUGACUUCUAAACCGAGAAUGGUCCCGCUAUCAUUGCCUGAAACAAAAGAAUGUCUUUGUUAUUUCUCUAUGGCGUGAACAUGAAUUCGGAACAGAACAUUCCAUUGGAAAUCGCACGCUUACGUAGUCUAAUAGCUAUAUUAGAAACUCAAAUCAGGGAACAAGGAAAGGUACUUUCGAAUUAUGGUUUGGGACUGGCCGAUGUGGCCGAGCGAAUCAUCAACAUAACGGACAUUCUAAAGAUACAACAGGUGAGAGGAUCAAUCAGCUAUCUGGAGGAAAAGCGGCAGUUUAUCAUCAAACGACUGGAACAACUAAACUGCUAUUACACUUCGAAACUGCUCACAAGCAUAAAAGGCCCACAACCGCAAAUUGUCUUCGCCACGGUCACAAAAGUGAAACACGGUUGGCCAGCUAAAAUAGCCGGUUUCAUCAAAAACGACGAGCUUCUGUUGUUCGGCACGAUAAACGCGUUGAAUUUUAGGAGUAUCGACGACAUUGAAAUGCAUAUGCACUUAAGGAACGGCGGUGUGGUUACUGUAGAAGUUAAGCGAGGCGAUUCGGUGAUUCAGAUCCAAUUCAAGUCGAUGAACUGGCUGAAGUUGGAACAAUUUGGAUGUAAAAUUUUGCCGUUGUCUGUGCGUUAGAUUUGUAAAUGUAUAUUCUUAUAAAUAAAGAUUUAUAUGUUUA